AUGUCUAAUAGUUCGUAUCGUAACUUUAUUCUAAGACAAUAUUUUAUUGAUUUACUUAAUAUAUCACAUACAUCUCUUGUUCAUUCAAUGAUUUAUAAUCAUCAUAUAACCAGUAGAUCUAUACAAAUUAAAAAUACAAGAAGAAAACGUUUCAGUGAUGAUAUAUCAUCCUAUAGUCCAAUGUUUACUUUACAAGCAAGUAAUUGUUUCAUAAUUAAUAAUCAAGUUCAAUCAACAUUUAUUUGGUCUCAUUCAAUAGAAUUAUUAGCUUCUAUUGAACUUAUCUAUCAUAUUGAUUCAAUUGAAAUAAAAACAUCAUCAAUUCCAUUACAUAUAAAAUUUAAACAUUCACAAACAUUAAGAGAAUUUUUUACCAUAAAUACAUAUUUAGAAUUUGAUCCUAAUCGAGAUUUUUAUUUCAUUAAUAUAUAUCAAUAUAUAUUACAGAUAAAUAAUCAAAGUUUAAUUAUUGAAACAAUAAUAUAUAAUGAAACAUGUCAAACAUCACAUACAUAUAUAAUAAUAUCAUCGACAAAUAUUCGUUCAAAAUCAAAUCAAGCAUUACAAUUAAAUUCAAUACUUUCAUCUGAUCAUCAUCAAUUAAAACAAACACAAACUAAUUCAUUAUUAUCAAUGUGUAAAAUGAAAACGAUUGAUAUUAAAUUUGAAGAUCUUGGUUUAGCUUAUUUAAUUAUUCGACCAAAAGAAUAUAAAUUUACAUAUUGUGAUGGUUCAUGUUCUUAUUUAUCAUUACAACAACAAUCACAAACAUCAAUUCAUGCACUUUUUCGAUCUAUUAUCAAUAGAAAAAAAACCAAUAUGCCACAACCAACUUGUGUACCAUCACAAUUUGCUGACGAUAAUUUUCUUCUUCGACAAAUGGAUGGUAGUCUUGAAAUUUAUCCUAUUAAAGAUGUAAUUGUUAAACAAUGUGCUUGCCUGUGA